AUGCACACCCCACCUCCCGAGUCGGGGAGCUCUCGGGGACGGCUUGCAGCCUCUCGCACACCUCUCCGUGCAAGAAUCGGGGACUCGGAGAUGCGAGGGGACCGGACUGCGUGUGCGUGGGAGAAUGGGGCGCCCCAGAGGCAGGGGGCCUGGGGUCCCCAGGGCGCCUCCACCCGCAUCAGGCCCCCUGCGGAAGCGGAGCUGAGGCUCUGGGUGCAGGAAAGGAGGGUGGUGGUCCCAGUGACAAGGGUCCUUGUGGGUGCUCCAAAAGCAGAUUCCAAAUACAGCACUUCCGUGAAGUCCCCAGGGGCUGUGUUUAAGUGCCGUGUCCAUACCAACCCUGACCGGAGAUGCACCGAACUGGACAUGGCUCGAGGGAAGAAUCGUGGCAUGUCCUGUGGAAAGACCUGCCGGGAAGACCGGGAUGAUGAGUGGAUGGGGGUGAGCCUCGCCCGGCAGCCCAGAGCUGAUGGCCGUGUGUUGGCCUGUGCCCACCGCUGGAAGAACAUCUACUACGAGACAGACCACAUCCUGCCCCACGGUUUCUGCUACAUCAUCCCGUCCAACCUCCAGGCCAAAGGCAGGACGCUGAUCCCUUGCUAUGAAGAGUAUAAGAAGAAGUACGGAGAGGAACACGGCUCCUGCCAGGCGGGCAUAGCAGGCUUCUUCACCGAGGUUCUGGUCUUCACGUCAGAGAAGGCGAUUGGGGCCUGCUGGGGGGCACCAGCUGGCCGGAGACCCCUGGACGCGUUUUCCUCUGAUGGAUUUUUUUUCUCCCCCGUCCUUGGUUCCUGCCCACCCUGCUCAGGCUAUGCGGUGACGGCGGGUCACUUCUCUCACCCGUCCACCACCGACGUGGUCGGAGGUGCUCCGCAGGAUGAAGGCAUCGGGAAGGUUUAUAUUUUUAAAGCUGACCGAAGAUCAGGCACCUUAAUUAAGAUUUUUCAGGCAUCAGGUAAAAAGAUGGGUUCUUACUUCGGCUCCUCCUUAUGCGCAGUUGACCUGAACGGGGACGGCCUCUCUGACCUGCUGGUGGGGGCCCCCAUGUUUUCCGAGAUCCGGGAUGAAGGGCAGGUCACCGUCUACAUCAACAGAGGAAAUGGAGCCCUGGAGGAGCAGCUGGCGUUGGCCGGGGAUGGUGCCUAUAACGCACACUUCGGGGAGAGCAUCGCCAGCCUGGGGGACCUGGAUGAUGACGGGUUCCCAGAUGUGGCCAUUGGUGCCCCUAAGGAAGAUGACUUCGCAGGAGCCGUCUACAUCUAUCACGGUGAUGCGGGGGGGAUAGUCCCCCAAUAUUCCAUGAAACUGUCUGGGCAGAAGAUAAAUCCAGUUCUGCGGAUGUUUGGUCAGUCCAUAUCGGGAGGCAUUGAUAUGGAUGGGAACCGCUAUCCUGAUGUCACUAUUGGAGCCUUCAUGUCCGACAGUGUGGUUCUUCUAAGAGCGAGACCCGUCAUCACGGUAGACGUCUCCAUCUUCCUCCCAGGCUCCAUCAACAUCACAGCGCCUCAGUGUCACGACGGUCAGCAGCCGGUGAACUGCCUGAACGUCACGGCCUGCUUCAGCUUCCACGGCAAACAGGUUCCAGGAGAAAUUGGCCUGAAUUACGUUUUGACGGCUGACGUGGCCAAGAAGGAGAAGGGCGAGCUGCCCCGGGUCUACCUGGUGCUGCUGGGAGAGACUGCAGGCCAGGUCGCAGAGAAGCUGCAGCUGGUCUACAUGGAAGAGACGUGUCAUCACUAUGUGGCCCACGUGAAGCGGAGGGUGCAGGAUGUCACCAGCCCCAUCGUGUUUGAGGUGGCCUACAGCCUCGGGGAGCAUGUGACCGGAGAGGAGGAGAAGGAGCUGCCAGCGCUGACACCCGUCCUCCGCUGGAAGAAGGGACAAAAGAUUGCCCAGAAGAAUCAGGUCAGAACCAUAGAGCUCACAGCUCACAGGGACCCCAGGGGUCAGCUUAGUUUGGUACACCUGGUGUUCAGUGAGCCUUUACUGGUGGGGAGUGAGUCAGGUGUCAAGCAAGAACUGCAGCUUGCCGAGUUGGUGGUUGAGUUGAGCAUGCCCAGCCAGGUGUCCCUGGAAGCCAGAGCACUAUGGCGAAUGCAGGUGGCUGACCUGUCCUAUGUGCUGUUCGUCACAUCCGGGGCUGUGCUGCUGUGGAGAGGAGCCAUUGAGCAAUGUCAAGGGCAGGCGAUAGGAGGCAGGAGGGAGCCAGGAACUGACUCUCUGCACAGCUAUGCCAGCCCAGCUGCCCCUCAGAAGUAUGGAGCACAAGUAUCAUGCAAGAAGCGUGCAAGGAGUUCAUGA